CUCUGAAUUAUUCCACUCUUUCACCUCUCUUUCCCCCUUCACCUUACUACAUAUAUACCUCAACCUUGUUCCCACCCUUCCAUAAACACAAUCUCUCUCUCUCUCUCUCUCUCUCUCUCUUUCUUUCUCGUUAACGGAGAAAUCUGGUGAUAACAGAGGAAUCUGGUGAUAACAAAAUUCAGUACGAGUCGAACCUACUACAAUUGUCUAGUGAAGCUAGCAUAACCAAAGUUUGUCAUUUAGGGUUCAAGAAUGGGUGGCAAAGGGCAUCACAACAAGUUAUUGAGGAUCAUAACACUACCAUUUAGGUUCUUGAAGAAAGGGAAAGACAUGUAUGUGAAGAGCAUGAUGGAUGUAGCAUCAAAGCCAAGAUAUGGGAGUAGCCAAAACAUGAUGGGAUCAAGGAACAAGAGCUCAAAAGCCAGCUCAGCUCUGCCCAAGAGUUUUAGCACAAGCUAUGCACCUUCAUUGUCAUCAACUAAUUUCGAUGGUGAUGACUUGAAGGAGCUCAUUAGAGCCAACUCCACAACUUACAAUAACAAUGAUCCAACUAAUAAGUUGAGAACAGAGAUGGACUUAUACUUGAAACAAGUGAUUAAAGAGCAACAAGUGAAGAAGCUCAAGGAGAGCUUGGUGAUGGGGACUAAUAGUAGGCUUUCGUCGUCUCAAGGGGUGGUUCCGAGGAGUGUUAGUGUUGGAAUGGGGAAGAUUGAUGAGGAGAAGCCUUUUGAGGAAGAGGAGGAAGAAGAAGAGGAUAGUAUUCAAGUGAAGAAGAAGAAAGAAGUCAUGUUUCCAAGAAGUAGAAGUCAUGCUGUUUCACAAACAACUGCUGUGUUUUGAUUAAUCUCUUUCAAUUCUUUUGAAUGAUUAAGAUCAAGAACACAUGUUGUUGAUCCUAAUCUGAAUCAGUUCUUUUUGUUAAGCUUAAUGGUUUAUAGGUUUGAGUAUGUUAUAAGUGGCAUUGUUUAUAUGUUGUUUAAGCCACAUUGUUGUCAUUUUUUAGGUAAAAUGGUCAUGAGUUUAAAGAACUUGUUGUACUUGAUGUUUGUCAAUGAACACUGAAUUACAAAA